GGGCGGGCCCUCGCGGGACCGGGACGCAGACCGCUCACCGGUGCUGCGGGAGAGCUGCGGCUCUGGCCACCGCACUUCCUCCGGAGGGAGGAGGCUGGAGUGGUUCCACACGCGCGCCCUUCCCAAGCCCCCAGAAACCUCAGGUUCCAUGAUGGAGUUUGACCAUUGCCUCAAGAGGUUUCAUAUUUUGGAUUAGUUAAUCGUCUUUACCCUCUGCUGGGAACUUUGAAACUUCGGAUUCAGUUUCUGUGUCCUUCAAGACAUUACAUGCAGAGAGAUUGUACCAUGGACUGCAAGGAGAGCUGCCCAAGUGUGAGCAUCCCCAGCUCUGAUGAACAUAGAGAGAAAAAGAAAAGGUUCACGGUUUAUAAAGUUCUAGUGUCUGUGGGCAGAAGCGAGUGGUUUGUCUUCAGGAGAUAUGCAGAGUUUGACAAACUUUACAAUACUUUGAAGAAACAGUUUCCUGCUAUGGCUCUGAAGAUUCCUGCCAAGAGAAUAUUCGGUGAUAAUUUUGACCCAGAUUUUAUUAAACAAAGAAGAGCAGGACUGAAUGAGUUCAUUCAGAACUUGGUCAGGUAUCCAGAGCUUUACAACCACCCAGAUGUCAGAGCCUUCCUUCAGAUGGACAGCCCCAGACACCAGUCAGAUCCCUCCGAGGAUGAGGAUGAAAGAAGUGCUCCGAAGCCACACUCUACCUCACAGAACAUCAACCUGGGACCAACUGGAAAUCCUCAUGCUAAACCAAGUGACUUUGAUUUUUUAAAAGUUAUUGGAAAGGGCAGCUUUGGCAAGGUUCUCCUUGCAAAACGGAAACUGGAUGGGAAAUUUUAUGCUGUCAAGGUGUUACAGAAAAAAAUAGUUCUCAACAGAAAAGAGCAAAAACAUAUUAUGGCUGAACGCAAUGUGCUCUUGAAGAAUGUAAAACAUCCAUUUCUGGUUGGAUUGCACUAUUCUUUCCAAACAACUGAAAAGCUUUAUUUUGUUCUGGAUUUUGUUAAUGGAGGGGAGCUGUUUUUCCACUUACAAAGAGAACGGUCUUUUCCUGAACACAGAGCGCGGUUCUACGCUGCUGAAAUCGCCAGUGCCUUGGGUUACCUGCACUCCAUCAAAAUAGUGUACAGAGACUUGAAGCCGGAAAAUAUUCUUUUGGAUUCCAUGGGACAUGUUGUCUUAACAGAUUUCGGGCUUUGCAAAGAAGGAAUUGCUAUUUCUGAUACCACCACCACCUUUUGUGGGACACCAGAGUACCUUGCUCCUGAGGUGAUCAGAAAACAGCCCUAUGACAACACUGUGGAUUGGUGGUGCCUGGGUGCUGUUCUCUAUGAGAUGCUGUAUGGGCUGCCUCCUUUUUACUGCCGAGACGUUGCUGAAAUGUAUGAUAAUAUUCUUCAUAAGCCCCUGAAUUUGAGGCCAGGAGUAAGCCUCACGGCGUGGUCCAUUCUGGAAGAACUCCUAGAAAAAAACAGGCAGAAUCGACUUGGUGCCAAAGAAGACUUCCUUGAAAUCCAGAAUCAUCCUUUUUUUGAAUCACUCAGCUGGACUGACCUUGUACAGAAAAAGAUCCCACCGCCGUUUAACCCUAAUGUGGCCGGACCAGAUGAUAUCAGGAACUUCGACACAGUCUUCACGGAAGAGGCGGUCCCCUAUUCUGUGUGCGUGUCUUCUGACUACUCUAUAGUGAAUGCCAGCGUUCUGGAGGCAGACGAUGCAUUUGUUGGUUUUUCUUACGCCCCUCCUUCAGAAGACUUGUUUUUGUGAACAGUCUGACAUUCAGAAACCAUUGGGCAAAUUCAAGCCUGUGGAGGAGACGGAAACGCCGAUUUGUGUGAAUAUACUCAACUAUGUAUAACAGUGCCUCAUUUUUACAUGUAAUGUUGAAAACUAUGAAAUACGUAUUUUCUGCUGUAAGCAAGAAAUAGGGCAUUUCAAAGAGCUGAGUUUUAACUGAUUUGUAUUCUUGUUUAUUAAGCUUAUUUUUAAACAAAACUUUAAAGCUACUAUUCUUAGCAUUAACCUAUUUUUAAAGAUAACUUUUUGCUAUUGACUGUUUUUUCCCCUGUUAAGUUUACACUAACACAUCCAAGAUAGACUGUUGUUAAUCGUCUGUUACAGCUAAGAUAAGAUGCAUUAAUAUCUUUAUACUUCUAUGACUUUUAUCAUAGCAGAACUAUGCAAAUGGUACAUGGGAGUUUAAGAUGACGUCACUGUUUAAAAUUUGCUUCUUGGUAGGAGUCAAGUGCGAAGGCAGGUUGACGGCUACUCACGUGCAGCCCCCGUAGGACAGAACAAAAAGAGAUCUUUGCUUUUGAAAUGCUCGGUUCUCACCCAUGCAUCAUGUCUCCUCUCGAGGAGAAGAAAGUUAUGGGUAGGAGUUUUCGGGAUCCCCAAGGAGAUGGGAAGUAUAAAAUGCUGCCAGAUGUUUUUAGUGGUGCCAAAAAUAAAUGUCUGUCAUAUAUUUAUAUUUUAAAUGUUUUCUAUUUAUGUUCCUUUUGAUUCUUUGAAGGUUUAGUACACUGCUGAGUAGGUCUAAACCUUGGUGUCUGUUUUUGCGAAUAGCUAUUUCAAAACUGCCUUUCUAAUCGAUCAAGUUUUUAAGAUGACAGGAAAAAAAGUAGGUUUCUAUAAUGUUUACCUAAUUAUGAAUUAAAAAAUGAAAUAGCAAAUCUGGGUCAGUGUAAAUGUAUGUCACCUACUGCACUGUAAAGAAAGGUAACAGUAAUUUAGCAGAUACAUGUUCAGUGUUAUUCAUUUGGUAGUCACAGGGGUCAGACAUACACACGGCCUCAUGAAUGCUAACAAGAGUAUUCUCUAUGUCUACAGUAUCUUCAUACAUCUUAGAAAGAGUACAGAAAGCCGACCUAAAAUAACAUGUCAACUAGCGUGUACAUCUGUAAUGUUAGGUACAGAGAAACUAUUUAGAAAGGGGUUCUUAGCUUGGGAUCUCAGUUCCCAGAGGACAGUUUUUUCAGGUCCUUUAGGGAACAGUAUCAUGAGCUCAGCUGCUCUGAGAACAAACUUCCAUUGCAUGUGUUAUCUCGACAAAGAUCUCAGAAGAGUUUCUCACCAAUACCCCUUGGCUUAGAUGUGGUCAGCAGACCUGAGACAGGCAGCACUUGGCUUUGGCAGGCGGUAUCCCUAGCAGGACACUGGACCCCCCCCCAAGGAUGAAAUGUUCCAUCUACACUGUACAUAUUUGAUUGGGGGCACUUCUGUAAGCUGUACUUUACACAGAGUUUUUUGUUGAUUUUAAAUCAAGACAAAAAUUGUACAUGUAUGUUUUUUUACUCAGAUAUCUCUCAAUUAAAUUGCCAAAAAUUAAGUGCAAUAUUGUAUUUUUAAGAACAAAUUUUAGAUUUUUAAUGUUUCCUGGAUCACGAGAAGUACAGAUCUAUGUAGUAAAAUAAAAUUAUCAGAAAGAUUAA